AGGGCCGGGAAUGGGGCUGCCGCCGCCGCCUAGUCAGCUCAGUGUCCGCGGGAGCUCGGCCACUGCCGCGCUGUCGUCGCGCCGCCCCCGGAAUCGGCCGGCCGGGCCCGAAGCCAAGGCCGAGUCCCCGCCAUGCCGGCACGGUGGCUGCCGCUGCUGCUGGGGCUGCUGCUGCCCGGCCCCGAGAUCUUUGGAAGCACCAGUACAGUAACACUGCCUGAAACCUUGUUGUUUGUUUCAACCCUGGAUGGAAGUUUGCAUGCUGUCAGCAAGAGGACAGGCUCAAUCAAGUGGACUUUAAAAGAAGAUCCAGUCCUGCAAGUUCCAACACAUGUGCAAGAGCCUGCCUUCCUCCCAGAUCCCAAUGAUGGCAGCCUGUAUACACUUGGAGGCAAGAACAAUGAAGGACUGACGAAACUUCCCUUUACCAUCCCAGAACUGGUACAGGCAUCCCCCUGCCGAAGUUCAGAUGGAAUCCUCUACAUGGGUAAAAAGCAGGACAUUUGGUAUGUCAUCGACCUACUGACUGGAGAGAAGCAGCAGACUCUGUCAUCAGCCUUUGCAGAUAGCCUCUGCCCAUCAACCUCUCUUCUGUAUCUUGGACGGACAGAAUACACCAUCACCAUGUAUGACACCAAGACCCGAGAGCUCCGCUGGAAUGCCACCUACUUUGACUAUGCAGCCUCCCUUCCUGAGGACGACGUGGACUACAAGAUGUCCCACUUUGUGUCAAAUGGCGAUGGGCUAGUGGUGACUGUGGACAGUGAAUCUGGGGAUGUCUUGUGGAUCCAAAACUACGCCUCCCCCGUGGUGGCCUUCUAUGUCUGGCAGCGGGAAGGUCUGAGGAAGGUGAUGCACAUCAAUGUGGCUGUGGAGACCCUGCGCUACCUGACCUUCAUGUCUGGUGAGGUGGGACGCAUUACCAAGUGGAAGUACCCAUUCCCCAAAGAGACGGAGGCCAAGAGCAAGCUGAUGCCCACCUUGUAUGUUGGGAAGUACUCUACCAGUCUCUACGCCUCGCCCUCUAUGGUACACGAGGGAGUCGCUGUUGUGCCUCGUGGCAGCACUCUUCCUUUGCUGGAAGGUCCCCAGACUGAUGGUGUCACCAUUGGAGACAAGGGGGAAUGUGUGAUCACACCUAGCACCGACCUCAAGUUUGACCCUGGACUCAAGGGGAAGAACAAACUAAACUACUUGAGGAAUUACUGGCUUCUCAUAGGACACCAUGAAACCCCACUGUCUGCAUCUACUAAGAUGCUGGAGAGAUUUCCUAACAAUAUACCCAAACAUCGGGAAAAUGUGAUUCCUGCUGAUGUGGAGAAAAAGAACUUUGAAGAAGUUAUUAACCUGGUUGACCAGGCUUCAGAAAACACACCAAUUACCAUGUCUCAGGAUGUAGAAGAAAAGUUGGCUCCUGCUCCUGCCAAGCCUGAGGCUCCUGUGGACUCCAUGCUCAAAGACAUGGCCACCAUUAUCCUGAGCACCUUCCUGCUGGUCGGCUGGGUGGCUUUCAUCAUCACCUACCCGCUGAGCAUGCAUCAGCAGCACCAGCUCCAGCACCAGCAGUUCCAGAAGGAACUGGAGAAAAUCCAGCUCCUACAGCAGCAGCAGCUGCCUUUCCACCACCAUGGAGAUGCAACCCAGGACACGGAGCUCCUAGACACAUCUGGCCUCUACUCAGAGAGCUCAGGAACCAGCAGCUCCAGCCCAUCCCCCAGAGCCUCCAACCACUCAAUGCACUCCAGCAGCUCCGCCUCCAAGGCCGGUGCCAGCCUCUCCCUGGAGCAAGACGAUGAGGAUGAGGAAACCAGUGUGGUGAUUGUGGGGAAAAUUUCAUUCUGUCCCAAGGAUGUCCUGGGUCAUGGAGCCGAGGGCACAAUUGUGUACCGGGGCAUGUUUGACAAUCGUGAUGUGGCUGUGAAGAGGAUCCUCCCCGAGUGUUUCAGCUUCGCUGACCGGGAGGUCCAGCUGCUGCGAGAGUCAGAUGAGCACCCAAAUGUGAUCCGUUACUUCUGCACGGAGAGGGACCGGCAGUUCCAGUACAUUGCCAUCGAGCUGUGCGCAGCCACACUGCAGGAGUACGUGGAACAGAAGGACUUUGCCCACCUUGGUCUAGAGCCCAUCACCUUGCUGCAGCAGACCACCUCAGGCCUGGCGUACCUCCACUCCCUCAACAUUGUUCACAGAGACCUGAAGCCCCACAACAUUCUCCUCUCCAUGCCCAAUGCACAUGGCAGGAUCAAGGCCAUGAUUUCCGACUUUGGCCUUUGCAAGAAGCUGGCAGUGGGCAGACACAGCUUCAGCCGCCGUUCUGGGGUACCUGGCACCGAAGGCUGGAUUGCCCCUGAGAUGCUGAGCGAAGACUGCAAGGAGAACCCUACCUACACAGUGGACAUCUUCUCGGCAGGCUGUGUCUUCUACUACGUCAUCUCAGAGGGCAGCCACCCUUUCGGCAAGUCCCUUCAGAGGCAGGCUAAUAUCCUCCUGGGUGCCUGCAGCCUUGACUGCUUCCACCCAGACAAGCAUGAAGAUGUCAUUGCACGGGAGUUGAUAGAGAAAAUGAUCGCAAUGGAUCCCCAGCAGCGACCCUCAGCGAAACAUGUGCUAAAGCAUCCAUUCUUCUGGAGCCUGGAAAAGCAGCUCCAGUUCUUCCAGGACGUGAGUGACCGAAUAGAAAAGGAAUCCCUGGAUGGCCCAAUAGUGAGGCAGUUAGAGAGAGGCGGGAGAGCCGUGGUGAAGAUGGACUGGCGGGAGAACAUCACCGUCCCCCUCCAGACAGAUCUGCGUAAAUUCAGAACCUACAAAGGUGGCUCUGUCAGAGAUCUCCUCCGAGCCAUGAGAAAUAAGAAGCACCACUACCGGGAACUCCCUGUGGAGGUGCGGGAGACUCUGGGCUCCCUCCCUGAAGAAUUUGUUCGCUACUUCACAUCACGCUUCCCCCACCUCCUCUCACAUACCUACCAGGCCAUGGAGCUGUGCAGCCACGAAAGACUCUUCCAGCCCUACUACUACCAUGAGCCCCCGGAGCCCCAGCCCCCAGUGACUACAGACACCCUUUGAGCACACAGCCCCUCCAUCUGAUGGCCGCAGCUAGACUCUGGGCCUGGUCUCUGCAGUCCAGACCUCUGCACCUCCAGGCUUAGCAGGGAGACCAGGCUUCCCAAACCAAGUGCCUUGAGCUGCCACUGUGCAGCCAGCGGAGGCUAAUGCUGACCUCAGGAAGUGGAAGAGGUGGCCCCUCCUCUACAGGGAGCUGGGAAGAGGCUGGCCCUGAAAGCUUUCUAGGCAGGAUGUCUGCAAAGGAGGGUCCAUCCCAGAGGCUGCAAGAGGAGCACCAUUGACCUUCUGCUGGAUGAACUCGUGUCAACCGACAUUUCUUUUUAAAAUUUCUGUCUGACAGCAGUGUGGAGGCCUUUCUGGAAGGGAGUAAGGGAACCCUAAGGCUUGCCUGUGUGUUGGGAUGCAGUAAGCGCUUCUGCUGGAAAUGGGCUUGAGAGGUAUGGGGCAUGGAAGAGGUCAUUCACAAGUAUUGCCCUGGGCACAGGAGGCGCCUCAUUGAUCGUAAAGAGGCCCUUAGACUCCAGAUUAAUGGUAGCCAGUGUUGCUUCAGGCAGCAAAGCCGUGAGCAUCGGGCGUGAAGUUAGGGGCUGGUCAGCAAUGCACUCAGACCCCUGAAGUGCAUCUGUAGCUCUCUGGAAGACAAAGAGAACACUCUGUUCUGGAAGCGGUGCUGGCCCAGCACAGCCAUGACCUGUGGUAGAUUGUGUCCUCGGCCGUUUGGGCCAGAGGUGAAGAGUUCACAGACAGGGACAGGCCUCAAGAACAAAUGGGAGCAGCCCACAGGGAGCCUCCCAGCCACGCAGAGAAAGCUCUGAGCCAGAGAGUGACUUGUAAGGUCCCUCUGUCCCAGAGGCCAACAGAUGAGGACACACAGUGAGUCAGAACCCGGCACAGAGAUCCAAGGCCAGGGUCACCCCCGGCUUGCUGAGCCAGAUUUGAUGGUUCUCCUGGCAAGUUUUAAUGACUGUAUUUUAAUCUUACUAUAGAAAGCUCCAUUAGCCUAAGUGAGCUAAACUUGAUGCUUACUUGUGAAGAAGAAAUGCAAGCUCUAUUACCUUCUAUUCUGUAUGGUACCAAAAACUGCCAUCCCCUUAAGAGUGUUCCAUGGAGAACUCUCUCUAAUGCUGAAACUAAAGCAUUCUAGCAACACCGUGUAAACGUAUUCAUGUCAAAGUGACAUUCCUUACAUGAUCACUUCCUAUUUUCUCUAAAAUUAAUACCAUUUUUAACUUUAUUUUCAGUGAGAACUUUUCCUGUGUCUCCUUCGUGAGGGGUUAGAGGGUAGAGCGCAGUGAAGUCUGAAGUCUUUGGGAGGAAUCACCCUGUGAAUUUCUGCAGCCAGCGCAGGGGCACUGCUGGUGAGCUGAGGUUCUACUAGUUUCCUGGAGAAAGCAGCAUUGUCAGCUUUCACAGGGACAGAAGUCCUCGCUGCCUCUUCCUGUGAGAGGUCUUCUGGAUAUGUGUGCAUCAGGGCCACUUAUCCAAAGCCUAUUCUGCCUCUAGAAUUCAAUUCUUUAUGCUUUCAAAAUGGCCGAAGUGGCCAGAGUGGCCUUUCUUCUGAACAGGACCCUAUGUCUUUGAAACUCAGCAGUGACCCCAUCUGUGGAACCUUGGCCCCAUCAUUGGCUCCCUGGGCAUCUCCUACCUUCGCACUUUGCCAGUGGACUCAAGAAGUGACAGUACAAGAGAAAGUGUGAGGAGAUAGGGGGGUGCCAGGCUGGACCUAACAGGACCGCCACGGGACUGCCGCUCCCCUGUUCUUGUGGCUGUUUUUCCUCUUGAGGAAGGCCCGGUUGGUUUCUAGAGGUCCUCGCUGUUUGAACCCAAGUUGCUAGGAGACAGCUUUUUCUCAAAUGCCUUUUCCACUUACCAGUUAAUUUCUAAGGACUUCAAUUUUGUAAAAUCUUUUAUUCAUUGUGUUUUGUUUGAGCAUUUACUCUGUCGAGCUGGGCAGGCUGUGGAGGCUAGGGAAAUGGGUGAACGAGACAAAAGAAACUUCUGCUGUCAUAAACCUUCUCAUGAGAGAGCCGGCAGCAAAUGAGUAUCAGGGCCCUAAAGAAACCCAAAUAGCUGGGGAAAGGUGUAGUGUGGGGCUUGCCCCUUUUCUGCCCUAGUACUGCCCGUGUCUGAGACCCCAUUGGCUCCAUUCAGGCCACCUUGUGUCUGUCCUCUCCUUUACUCUGAGGGACCCAGGUCAUCUAAAGAGGUCUUGGGGCACUUUUGAUGAAAACCUCUUGGGCGUCGUCUGGUGUAUUCCAGUCUCUGAAAGCUUGGUGGCCCCUUGUGUUUGGCUCCUAAGGAGGAGGGGACUUUCUUCAAGCCUGAACAGCUCUUCAGCAUUGGGUGUCAUUAGCUCAAGUUACAGGGCUCUUAUUAUUCUUGGCAGGCUGUUUACCUUUUAGAAGUGUACCGUCUUCAUCUCAAAGACAGAACUGAAUGACCUCCUUCAAGAAUCAAAGGAUACUGUAACUUGCUUAAGUCUUGUGUUGAACCUUUCUCUGGCAUGAACCUUUUUUCUUGUUGCUUCUUAAAUCUUCCAUUUAUAUUUAAAAGUUCCACAUGUCAUUGGCACCAAAGCAUUUGCACUUUUGGGAACACUGGUGUCACCUGGUAUGUCACUAGAUCAUCCCUUGGCUGAACAUGAGCCCACGCUGAAGAGGCAACCCUAAAAAGUCAGUGAAGCGGUUGUCCUAGGCUCUUUCCCCUGAGAUCACUGGUCAGUCACAGCCCAGUAUCAUGUUGGAGGUCCCAGGACUAGUGGGUCCAGCUGCUGCUUUCCUUUUACCAGCUUUGAAGAUAAGUUAGUUCCUCAUCGGAGCUGACCUGACUUGUGAAGAGGCUUUGCAAGUGAUCAUUGGCAGUUCUUUCUUCGCCUGCUUUAGAGAUGGUCACUCUCUUUUCAGGGAUAGGACUUUGGCCACAUGUGUUUUCCUGAUGGCUCCGCCCCACCUAGUCCCCGAUCUUCAUUUGUCUGCUUCCCAUUCAUUGUCUUUGUUCUGCAUUGGAGGAGCCAGCAGCCCUGGAAAGAGCCACUUGAAGUUUCCCCAUUAGCCCUGCUCUCUGCUGCUCUUGGUAUUCCUUGAAAUUGCACUUCUUUGUUUCCCAGCCCUUCUUUCCUGCCCUUCCACAUCGGGGAGCAGUGGUGUUCAUCGCUGGCCUGCAUCUGGCCUUGUGCGGAAGAAAGUCCUCAUUCUGUGUGGGGAUCCCAAAUUUCAGGGUUGGGCAAGCCAAUUAACCUCUAGUGCAAGGUGUCCACUCUUUUCUUCUUUGUGAAAUAAUGAUUUCUCAUGAAUAAGUCUGGUUUGUUAGGCACUUUUAAGUCUUUAUAUAUUCAUUGGAAAGCCACAAAGGGCACAUCUGCUAUGGGUCUCCCUGGAGCAGCCUUAACCAUACUGCCAGCCCACGUCCCCGUGGGCUCACCGUCCUGUGCGCUGUGGGCUUGGUGGGUACAGUGUUCCUUCCUUCCUUGUGUCCCUGAAGCUGUGACAGGGAGGGGGACUCCCCACUCACCUCCACAUCACAGUCUGCACACAUCGUUCUCACCUGUAUGCCUUGUUGUAGUGUUCUUUUGCAAUGAUCUAUUUAUUGAACCUAUUUAUAUUUAUUUAAUUUUUACUCUGAAGUAUAACCAGUUACAAUUGCACUUGCUAAAAGCAUAUCAGAUCUAUUUUGGACAGCAUCCCUGACCAUUUUAAAACUGGAAAAAGAAAAGUUAUACUGUAUCCUUCUGCUUUGCAGUAAGUAGUCUUAUCCUUAAAGGGUGAAUAAUUUGGUCGGGGUAAAAUGUUCAUUUUUGGGUGAUUUUUUUUUCCAUUUUGAAAUCCUGUGCCAUUGUCUUCUCUAUGAACAGUUAAUUGGUAAAUGUUGAUCAUGAGAUAUAAUCCUCUUUAUGGAACCUAAAGUCCUUUUUAGCUUUCUAUUUUGUAAACUGCCAGAUUGUACAACUUUUUAUGUGUAUUUUUAAUGCUUGAUGAUAAGAGGUCAUUAUCGAAGCUAAACAGCCUAUUUUUGUACCUCCUGUACAGUUUUAUAAUUCUGCUGAUCAAUGAUGGUGACUUAUUGUUGAGCCAAGUACAAAUAAAAGUAGUUUUAGAUUUGGA